AUCCUUCUCAGUUCUACCCACUACGACAAUUCCUAUCAUCAUCCCAAACAUCCAUCCGUUGUGUUUCUUAGUUGGAUGUCUUUCUUGAAUAAAGUUACUCUAACCAACUCAUUCCAUUAGAAGCCUCGGCUCCAGCUUAUCUUGUGUUUGGAGAUUUCUCUGUGAGAAAAAGGAUGUCAGCAUACCAGAUCUCCAUAUGUCUCAUCGUUGUUGGAAUAUGUUGUUCUUGGGCUGAUGGCCUUGGAGUGAACUGGGGGACGAUGGCGACACACCCGCUGCCGCCAAGGAUCGUCGUGCGGCUCUUGAAGGAUAAUGGGAUCAGGAAGGUUAAGAUUUUUGAUGCUGAUGCUGCCACCAUGAACGCGCUGGCUGGUUCUGGGAUCGAGGUGAUGGUAGCCAUUCCAAACAAUAUGCUCGGAUACAUGAUCGAUUAUGAGACAGCCAAGAAGUGGGUGAAUCAGAAUGUCACUCGAUACAAUUUCCAGGGAGGAGUGAACAUCAAAUAUGUAGCAGUUGGUAAUGAGCCCUUCCUCACAACCUACAAUGGCUCAUUCUUGAACUUGACAUUGCCGGCCCUUCAGAAUGUCCAAACUGCUCUCAACAAUGCAGGAAUCGGCGACACGAUUAAGGCCACAGUGCCUCUCAAUGCUGAUGUCUACAACUCACCUGUUAGCAAUCCUGUCCCCUCAGCUGGGAGAUUCAGAGCUGACAUCAACGACCUCAUGACUGAGAUUGUCAUGUUCCUCAACCAGAGCGGCGCGCCCUUCACCGUCAACAUAUACCCAUUCCUGAGCUUAUAUGAUAAUCCCAACUUCCCUGUGGACUAUGCUUUCUUUGAUGGCACAUCCACUCCUGUUGUGGACAAUGGAAUUCAGUACACUAAUGUGUUUGAUGCCAACUUUGAUACGCUGGUCUCAGCUCUGAAUGCAGUUGGCCUGGGCAAUUUGCCGAUCAUUGUUGGAGAGGUUGGCUGGCCUACCGAUGGUGACAUAAAUGCCAAGGUCUCCUACGCUCAGAGGUUCUACAAUGGCCUGCUGAGGCGUUUAACAGUGAAUCGAGGGACACCUCUCCGUCCCAACCAGUACAUUGAAGUGUACAUGUUCAGCUUGAUCGAUGAAGAUGCCAAAAGCAUUGACCCGGGGAACUUUGAACGCCAUUGGGGGAUCUUUAAGUAUGACGGGCAGCCAAAGUACGCACUGGAUCCUACUGGGCAGGGACAGAACAUGAUGCCUGUGGCCGCAAAGGGGGUGCAAUACCUGCCUCAGAAGUGGUGCAUGUUCAACCCAAAUGGUGGUGGUGACAUGAGCAAGCUGGGGGACAACAUCAACUAUGCAUGUUCAAGAUCAGAUUGCACUGCACUUGGCUAUGGGUCUACUUGCAAUGGCUUGGAUGCCAAUGGGAAUGCAUCUUUUGCCUUCAACAUGUACUUCCAGGUUCAGAACCAAAUGGCCCAAAGCUGCUUCUUUCAAGGACUUGCUGUGGAGACGACACAGAACCCCUCAACAGCUGACUGCAACUUCACCAUCCAGAUUGUUUCAUCUGCUUCAGCUUGCUCGCCAUUGCUGAUGGUGUUUGUAUCAGUCCUUGCACUUUUGUUCUUCUAGAGUGAUUUGUUCAUUUUUCUUAGCUGAAUCACUUGUAUGAUAAGAUUCUGAGAUAAUAUCAUUUGUCAGAUCCAUUUAAUAAAGUUCAGAUGAUAUUGGCAAUCAAA